UCGCAGCCAAGCAAAAUCAACAUGGCGGCCCCGAGUGAGGGUGGCAGCAAGGAUGAACUGAAAACACAUUUUGGUACUCGAGAAGGGACUUAUAAAUUAAUGCCAUUAUCUGAAUAUUCAAAGCCCUCUCGUGUAGCAUACAACGGACAAACUAAUACCCCAGUAAAAGUGUCAUUUGUCAAAAGUAAUGACGGUAAUGGUUCCGCAACGGAUCGAAUAUGUUUCAAUGUUGGUAGGGAAUUGUAUGUUUAUGUUUAUAAGGGGGUAAAAAAGGCUGUAGAUCUAACAAAACCAAUAGAUAAAAGAAUAUAUAAAGGAACUUUACCUACAUGUCACGAUUUUAAUCAACAUUAUGUUACAUCUGAUAGUGUUUUAUUAUUGGUUGGAUUUACUGCUGGUCAAGUUCAACUUAUAGAUCCAAUAAAGAAAGAAAUUAGUAAACUUUAUAAUGAAGAGAGAAUGAUAGAUAAAACAAAAGUAACAUGUAUCAAAUGGAUUCCUCAAUCUCCAAAUCAGUUUUUAGUUUCCCAUGCUAGCGGUCAAAUGUAUGUAUAUAAUGAAGAACUGCCAUGUGGUCUUGCAGCUCCGCAUUAUCAGCCGUUUAAAAGUGGGGAGGGAUUCUCAAUAUACACCUGUAAGACUAAAAGUACCCGAAAUCCUUUAUAUCGUUGGAUUGUUGGACAAGGUGCUAUACACGAGUUUGCCUUUUCCCCAUGUUCUGUGUAUCUAGCUAUUGUUAGCCAAGAUGGCUAUCUUCGGGUUUAUAAUUAUAAUUCUAUGGAAGUGAUAGGCACCAUGAAGAGUUAUUUUGGGGGUCUCUUGUGUGUGUCAUGGUCGCCAGAUGGACGGUUUAUUGUGACAGGAGGGGAAGAUGAUCUAGUGACAGUGUGGUCGUUCCAUGAACGACGGGUGGUUUGUAGGGGACAAGGCCAUAAAUCAUGGGUAAAUGUGGUAUCUUUUGAUUUUUACACAUCAUGUGUUUGUGAUGAUAUGGGCUGUGAUUUUAACGGAAGUGAAGAAGACUAUCAUUCGUCCAGACAUUGUCAUACAAAAGAAUCCGUGCAAAAAAAUGGAUCUGAUUCGAAUCGGAACUCUCUGGAUGGUAAUGGAUUAAACAUCACUUCCUAUAGAUUUGGUUCAAUUGGACAAGAUACAAUGUUAUGUUUGUGGGAUCUUACCGAAGAUAUCAUUAAACAAUCUGCAGGGCGUUCUAGAACUAGUAUAUCGACUUUAUCUAAUUCUGCAAGCUGUUUACCUCGUUGUAAUAGCCUUCCUAAUUCACAGAAGCGUAAUUCAAUAGGAAAUGAUGUUUCUGCACACGCAGAAGGUAAUAGUAACGCUAACACUCAUCAAAUUCAAAAUGCAGUGAUGAAUGCUACCAAUAAAUUUGCGACGCUUUCUGUGGCAGACCGAAAGGAAAGUCAAGAGAAAAAAGAACACAAACGUAAUUUUAGUUUAGCGAGUAGGAAUACUGACAAAGUGAACAUGUUGAAGUCCAACCAUGUGAAACCAGUUGAUGACUCUAUUAAAUUAUUAGGAACAAUGUCAUGUCCGAGAUUAGAUGAGGUACCCAUAUUAGAACCUUUAGUAUAUAAAAAGAUUGCACAAGAACGUCUGACGUCCUUGGUAUUUCGGGAAGAGUGUUUAGUUACAGCAUGUCAAGAAGGUUUAGUUUAUACAUGGGCUCGUCCUGGUAAAGGGGUCCACGAAGGAUGAAACUGAUAAAAAACAGAUGAAUUCCAAUGGAUGUUAUUGAUUCAGUGUUGACAUGUAUGGUAUAAUAACAGUGCAAUAACAAUUAUAACAUUUGUUCUAUUUAUUUUUUAUAUGUAUAUCUAAUAAAUAGAAAUGUUUUAUCCAGCACAAAUAUGUAUUACUUCUACAAACUACACUUGUGUAAUUUCAUAUUGCAAUAGGCCUUUUCAUUAGAUAGAAGUUAAACACAAAUCACUAUAUAAAUCAAACAAUCAUAAAAUCAAUCCUUGUUUGAAACAUUUGAUGAAGAAUGUUGCCAUUGUAGUAAGACUUCAAUCAAGUUUCAUCAAAUGUUUUUUAAAAUCCAAUUCAACACUCAUGACAAAUUCAGAGAAGUACUGUUAAGUCACAUUUAUAAAUUAAAAUAGAGGCUGUUUGUUUAUCAUUACGUAUGAUGAUAGUGCUCACAUUAUGGUCUUCCUUUACUGAUAAAGCAAUGAAUAGAAAGGGAAUAAAUGUAAACAGUUUUGUAGCACUGUAGAAGUAAUACUGUUAAUCUGUCAAACUGAUUUCAAAUCUUAUUCUGUGAUAAUAAUUCCUGACUAGUAGAGUCAGUUUUCAAUCCUUAAUUUAUAUACCAAGGACACCCAUCCCAUACAAUGGAAGUACAGUACUUGUUAAAUAUUAUAAAAUUCCCAGCAAAGCUCUGUUGACUAUGAAUAUCAUAAAAUUUCCUGGAAUCACCACUCCAUUUGUGGAUAAAGUUACGUAAAUGGCAGAUGCUUUGUUUUAUUUGAACAUCACUACAUCAAUCUAAAACCGCCGAUCUGUCUGAAUCAGUUUAUCUAAAUAGAUGACUGGGUAAGCCCUGUUUCAUAAUACAUUCACAAGUUAUAAGUCUACAUUUAGUCCGAACUCACAAAAUCUGUGAUCUCUCAAAAUAGAAUGUAACUUACAUGUACCAUCUUGAUUUUAAGAAUAACAAUUCACAAUGGUAUUCAACUUACCUGGCAUAAAAGCUAUAUUGUGAGUAUAUGCACAUUGUUGUGAUGUCAAGUUAAGCUGCAGAUCAGUAUCAGUUUUGUUGCUUACAUGUAUAUGUUAUUCAAAACUCAUAGAAUUCCAAUCUACUUCUUAAAGAUACAUGGUACUGUACUAUCAUUGCCACCAAUGUUCAUAUUGCAUGGAGUGGAUAAUUUGAUCAGAAAAAAUAUUUUAAGUUUUGUCAUAGGGCCUGAAGGACUAAAUGACAUCUAUUUGGGGAACAGUAACUUGUGUAGUUCCAUUGAUGCCCUAUGUACUAUUUGGCAUUUACAACCUACAUGCAUUUCGAUGUUGAAAAAUGUCAUGAGAACGAUAAAGUUUUGGUAGCAAGUUGCAUGACUGUGAUUGAUGCAAUUAAUGUAUUUCUCAUGUUAUUUACAAGCUGUAUUCAGAUAAUACUGGUGGUACUACAUUGUAUAGGUUCUCUUAAUCCAGUUAAGAUAUUACAUAAUUUGUAAUACCCUGACAUUGUGAAAGUUGUGUAAUGUCUGAAAGUUAUAUAAAGUUCGACAUACAUAUAUAAUAUAUUACACAAAAUUGAUAUAUUUUUUCUGACUGAAUAUAUCCACGAUGACAAUACAUAAACCUAUGUGACUAAUCUGUGAUUCUUAUGCAUGAUUAUUUGUUAAUUAGCAUAAUAGAUACAUAAUUAUGCAGAAUUUAUGUUAGCUGUUAAAGAGUAAGAAUUUUUAAACUAUAUAUUAUUAAUUUGUUCUCAUAGUUUAAAUUGUACUAUAUUCUUAAACUAUGAGGCCACUAUUUAAUUAAUGAUCAAAAUGUAUCUAAUCACUGUUUGUAUAAUGUAUGUUUGUAUAGUCCAAGGCAGUUGAAAAUAUACAAUUAUUAAAUCAUUACUCACAAAAUGUCAUAAUGAUGUUAAUUCAAUUUGUAAUCAAUUAUUAUCUGUCAUCAUUCAGGAAAAUUAUUUUGUUUUAUUGUACAUGUAAGUAGGCAAGCUUUCAUCUGCAAUGCAUUUUACAAGCUCAUUUUAUGUAAAGUCUGCAUAAAUGUGUGUUUUUUUAUUUUGUUUAAAUUCAACCAAUUUAUUUGUUCAUAAAUCAAAUUCAAACACCAUAUUUUAUUGCCUUUCACUUAACAAUAUGUUUAUGUAGCAGUUUUUAUACGCCCACAUUGAAAUGUGGUCAUAUAUUGUUGUCACCUGUUCAUCCGCUUGGCGUCAACAAUUUCUUGUGGAUGCGCCUAGAGCAGUGAUUCUCAACCAGUGUGCUGCGAAAUUUUUAACGGCACACUAAGAAAAUGUGAAAAAUCAUGUGAUCCCAAUUGAGUAUCCACCGAUUAGUUCAUAGCUGUGUUUUUCUUCAUUUAGUUUGAGUCACUCUAAGUGUCUAUGACUAGUCUCUGUCUACAGUUGUAUGCCGUCUGACUUAACCAUGUUUUUAUUUUGCAAAAUUCAGAUAUUUUCCAUAUAUAUUUAGCCAGGUGUGCCACCAAUGCUUCAUGUGUUUCAAGGUGUGCUGUUCGCAGAAAAAGGUUGAGAACCACUGUCCUAGAGGCUAAAGUUACAUCCGAUUGACUUGAAAUUUAUACAAAGGAAGAACUACAUGUAGAAACCAAUCAGAUUUGAAUUGAUUAUGAUUACUUCAUGGGUUGUUACUCUUGAUAACUCUUUAGUGUCUUGUGAAUUCUCCCAUUACCUACAAAUUAAUCAAUAUGCGACAACCUUUGUGGAUUGCUUGGAAAACUUAGCUACUGAAGGUGGAGUUUGGUUGUCUGGCAAAUUAUCCUUACAAAAUAAUUGAAUAUCACAUUUCUAUGCUCUAUAUUUAUUAUUAAUGAUGCACAAAUUGACUUGGAUAUUAAGUGAUGAAAUAAGAUCUCUCUUAUUUCUAGUGUUAAAUUAAAAUUAAAGGUUAAAUUACUUGGAAUUUAUGUCAUUUGUAAUUGUAUACUUCAUAAAUAAAUAUUCCCAGACUGUAGAGCUAUGUACCCUGUGAAUUUGAAUAGCCAGAUUUGUGGGGAUGGGUUUUUCUAGUGCCCACAAUAUGAACUUAUAAAUUCUUUGGCCACAGCCUUCACAUGUAUGUGUUGGUUCGAGGAACCUAAUGUAGAGUCCACUAAACAUGCAUAGACUCGGAGCUUAAAGGGUUGAAAAAUAAUUUAUUUAGAUAGGUUGCAUACAUGUAUGUGCUUCUAAGUCAAUGCAGAUUGGGUUAACUGACAUAAUCAUGAUUUAACUUUGGAGUAGACCAUGUCAACAACCUGUACUUUUUUUUCCCAGCAAUUGGUAAAAUUCGAUUGAUCAACAUGUCAUAUCAAUUUCAUAUUUUGUUCAAAAAAUAUCAAAAGGUGUUCAUUAUCAUACUUUAUCUGUCUAUUUUUUGCUUAUUAUUCAAGUACAUGUUUCAUCCUCUUAAAGUGCUAUUUAUAGUAUUAUAUUUUACUAUAUAGAUGUAUUAUUGUUAGAUAAGCCUAAUUUGUAUGUGACCGUUACCUGACCUGUGUAUUCAAAUUGUUGUAAUAUUAUAUACAAUGUAAACUCUAGGACAGUCACCAUUAAACAGAUUAUUCUUGAUUACACAUGGUAUUUAAAUAUACACAACUAGAACUAUAAGAAGAAUUUCAUUCAACAAUAUUCUAUUAUUAAUUGAUAUUUGAGAUAAUUUAUUACUUUACAUACUCUGAAGUAUUAUUUUUUUUUCCUGUUUCUUCAAAUAUGUUAUGUUUACUAUAGAGAAAAUUAUAUAACUGUAAAUUCUAUAGAGUAUUUUUGCUGCAUCCCAUCCUGACUGGUGAGUAGAGCAAAUGGUUAUUAUGUUUUUAUCAUAUCUUUUUGUGCAUUAAGUUUAUGUGUUCGAAAUGGGCAAAUCUGUGCCAAAAUGUCUGCAUUACAAUACAUAAUAUGGCUUUUCUGAAAACUAUUUUCGUAUUUAAUGUAAGUUUUAUUAAAUAAGUCUUCUUAUUCAGUUGUUAGAUUGAUAGAAUAGAUAUUUGACCAGUUUUAUACACCCCCAUUGGAAAUUGGUUGUGUAUUGUUGUCAACCCUGCCAUCGUCCUCUUGAGGCUAAAGCUAUCAUCCGAUUAACUUUACUGUUGAUAUUGCCCUUCAUCGAUUUAAAAAUCUUGUGCAUGCUCUAAAGGCUUAAGUAAGUUUCCGAUUACCAGAACAGUAGGACGUUAAACCACAUUUCACUUCAUUUUGAAAUGUAUACACAUUUAUAAGUUCAUGAGAUGAAGAAUCCUAUUGAUUUUCAGCUAAAGUUAUCAUUUGAUUCCCGGUACAUGUUUUGUAUAAUAAAGUAAUAAAUGUUAGCUCAGGCAAAAACUAGAAGCCAAUCAAAUUUGAUUAUUUUUGAAAAUCAUGACAUUAAUUGUUAAUCUUGAUCAGUGUUCAAUGUCAUGUAGAUGCUCCCAUAAUGUACAAAAGAAAAAAUAAAUAUAAAACAACCUAUGUGGACUUUCUGACAACUUAGCUGCUAUCUAUGUUUUGUUGUCUGGCAACCUCCCUUUUCAAUUUGCUGUUAGACUGUAGAUCGGAUUCAAAUCUGUUUAAAAUUGGACCAAGCAGAUGGCACCGAGAGCUGAUUACGGUCUUGUCAUGUUAAUAAAAAUGUCUAAUUAAUAGUUUAUAUAGCAUUUAAGGUCUAAAGAAAGACCUGCAAUAGGCAGAAUUAGCUCUUGCAUAAUGCCUGUUUAAAUAUUUUAAAAUAAAUAUUCUAUAAUGGUUUUAACUACUAACAGUACAGCUAUCUUUGUUCUAAUAAAUCUGUUUAAAUAAAGAUUUAAUGGGUUAUUGAGCUAUUCAAAGUGAAAUUGGAAAUCACCUCUUUAUUUAUUUUAUUUAUUCAAUAACCUGUAAUUUUAAAAAAAAUAUAUAUAUAUUUCACUGGAUUUGAGUGGACAAACCGGAAGAUAUUCUUAUGAAGCACAUAAUUGGAUAGUCUUUUUUAAUGAUCAGGAUUUUUUUUUAAAACUGAUGCAACACUAUAUGUGAUUAUUAUUAAGUUUUAUUGUUUGUCUAAUGAAAAAAAAACAUUUACCAAGUACAUGUAAUUAUAAAUUUAACCUUUUCUAGAAACACACUUAUCUGUUUAAGGCACACCAUAAAAGUAUAUGUCUUUAAAAUAUAACUGUUGUUUUUAUGUGCCAACAUUUAAAUAUGGAUAUAUUGUCUUCACCCAUUAUUGCCUUUGGACACUCUUAAGAGUCUAAAGUUAUCAUCUGUUUCAUGAGAUGAAUAAGCCUAUUCAACAAAUCCAAUUGAGCUUGAUGAUGAGCAAUUUCUGCUUAGCUUAGCAGAGAUAACAAAUUUGAUUGGUUGAUGCUUUCUAAUUGAUUCUGAAUUCGAUCAUGAGUAUUUUCUUUUAAAAAGAAAUAAUGUGCAAUUGAUUUUAAAUGCCUCAUCUGUCUAUAUAUGCCUUGCUGUUGGCUUGUUAAAACCUGCUCCAUUAGAUUUUUUGACAAUUAUUUUAGAUUUAAUAUGGAAAACAUUGCAGCUGCUGCUGCUGGGUGUAUAUAGUGGCCUUGCAAGCCAGUCUAUCUUUUUGAUUCCAAAGUGUUUUUCUCACUAAAAUCAGCUUUUCAAAAGACCAAUUGUUAGAAUGUGUGCUUUUAGGUUUUGUAAUCAAAUUAACUAUCCAAAUAUUCAUGUAAAUUAAGUUUAAGGUUUGUUAGGCAUUAUCAAGUAUAAUGAUUUAUAUGAAAAAAUAAUAAUUACACAAAGUUGAAAGGCUUUCAAUGAGGAUUUAUUUGUUGGUUUUAAAAAUUGUUAAGCUCUAAAUAAAAACAGUGAUUAUUGUAAAAAAAAUAACUUUUUUAUUGACUUAUUUAUUGAGUAAUUAUGUAUAAUAUCGUUAUCAAUGAUUUGUAAUUGUGUAUACAAUGUAUAUAUAGAAAUAUUAUAUAUAUAAUGCAUACUAAUAAAUGAAUGAUAGAAUGAUUUUCUUCAUUUAUUUCAAUAAACCUCUUGUUUGCUUGUCACAAAAUAAAUAUUGGUACUGGCAAAAAUAAAUUCCUAUUUCAACAUUAAUAUUCUUUGUGACU